ACUCUAGUAACUCUAGUAUGAUCCUCCGCCGCCUUCACAUCCCCAACGCCGCCGCGAAAUCCCACCAGUACAUUAAAGUCUCUCUCUUCUCCACAUCGCCGCCGGAGAUAACACCGCCGUUUAUUCACAAAUGCAAGACCGUUUCCCAAGUCAAGCUCAUUCACCAGAAACUCAUCUCCUUCAGAAUCCUAACCUUGAAUAUAACUUCCCACCUCAUCUCCACCUACAUCUCCCUCGGUUGCUCAUCUUCUGCUGUAUCACUACUCCGUCGCUUCCCUCCUUCCGAUUCAGGUGUCUACCAUUGGAAUUCUCUCAUUCGCUUCCACGGCGAGAAUGGCCGCGCCGGUGAAUGUAUCUCUUUAUUCCGUCUUAUGCAUUCUCUUUCAUGGACGCCGGAUAAUUACACAUUCCCUUUCGUCUUCAAGGCAUGCGGAGAGAUCAACUCCGUUCGUUGCGGAGUCUCUGCUCACGGGGUUUCUCUGGUGACUGGAUUUAUGUCCAAUGUCUUUGUGGGGAACGCGCUUGUUGCUAUGUAUUCUCGUUGUGGUUCAUUGAGUGAUGCACGGAAGGUGUUCGACGAAAUGCCUGUUUGGGAUGUUGUAUCGUGGAACUCUAUAAUAGAAAGUUAUGCAAAGUUAGGCAAACCGAAGAUGGCGCUUGAAUUGUUUAGCAAGAUGACCAAUGAGUUCGGUAUUAGACCUGAUGAUAUUACUAUUGUGAAUGUUCUUCCUCCUUGUGCUUCCCUUGGAGCUCGUUCACUAGGGAAGCAAUUGCACGGUUUUGCGAUCACAAGUGAGAUAAUACAGAAUAUGUUUGUAGGAAAUUGCUUGGUGGAUAUGUAUGCGAAGUGUGGGAUGAUGGAUGAGGCAAACACAGUGUUUUCGGACAUGUCAGUGAAGGAUGUAGUGUCCUGGAAUGCAAUGGUUGCUGGGUAUUCACAGAUUGGAAGAUUUGAUGAUGCUGUUAGGUUAUUCGAGAAGAUGCAGGAAGAAAAGAUAAAUAUGGAUGUUGUUACUUGGAGUGCUGCUAUUUCAGGGUAUGCUCAGCGGGGGCUUGGAUAUGAAGCUUUGGGUGUGUGUAGGCAGAUGUUGUCUUCCGGGAUAAAACCAAAUGAAGUCACACUUAUUUCAGUUCUUUCAGGUUGUGCUUCUGUUGGAGCAUUGAUGCAUGGUAAGGAGAUUCAUUGUUACGCCAUCAAAUAUCCUAUAGAUUUGCGUAAAAAUGGUCAUGGUGAUGAUAAUAUGGUCGUUAAUCAACUGAUUGACAUGUACGCUAGAUGCAAAAAGGUUGAUGUUGCGCGUGCUAUGUUUGAUUCACUUGCCCCCAAGGAUAGGGAUGUUGUAACUUGGACUGUAAUGAUCGGUGGAUACUCUCAACAUGGGGAUGCAAAUAAAGCUCUCAAACUUUUCUCUGAGAUGUUCGAGCUAGAUUACCGAACAAGACCAAAUGCUUUUACUAUAUCAUGUGCCCUUGUGGCAUGUGCUAGUUUGGCGGCAUUAAGAAUUGGCAAGCAAAUUCAUGCUUAUGCAUUGCGCAACCAGCAGAAUGCAGUACCGUUGUUCGUAUCAAACUGUCUAAUAGACAUGUAUGCAAAAUGUGGAGCUAUCGGUGAUGCCCGGCUUGUAUUUGACAACAUGAUGGAGAGAAAUGAAGUUAGUUGGACAUCUCUAAUGACUGGUUACGGUAUGCAUGGCUAUGGGAAAGAAGCUCUUGGAAUCUUUGAUGAGAUGAGGAGAAUAGGUUUUAAGCUUGAUGGUGUUACAUUACUUGUUGUACUGUAUGCUUGCAGUCAUUCAGGAAUGGUAGAUCAGGGCAUGGAGUAUUUCAAUAGAAUGAGAACUGAUUUUGGGGUUAGUCCUGGCCCGGAGCAUUAUGCAUGUUUGGUUGACUUGUUAGGUCGUGUUGGCCGGUUGGAUGCAGCGUUAAGUCUCAUUGAAGAAAUGCCUAUGGAGCCUCCUACUGUGGUAUGGGUUGCUUUGCUCAGUUGCUGUAGAAUCCACGGAAAAGUUGAACUCGGGGAGUACGCAGCUAAAAAGAUAACAGAACUAGCAUCUAAUAACGAUGGAUCAUAUACAUUGCUCUCAAAUUUAUAUGCAAAUGCAAGUCGUUGGAAAGAUGUGGCUAGGAUCAGAUCAUUGAUGAGACACAAUGGAAUUAAGAAAAGACCUGGUUGUAGUUGGGUCGAAGGAAUUAAAGGAACUACUACGUUCUUUGUUGGUGAUAAAACUCAUCCAUACACUAAGGAAAUAUACCAGGUCCUCUCAGAUCAUAUGCAACGCAUCAAGGACAUUGGUUAUGUUCCUGAAACAGGCUUUGCUCUUCAUGAUGUAGACGAUGAAGAGAAAGAUGAUCUCCUUUUGGAGCACAGUGAGAAGUUGGCUCUUGCAUACGGUAUUUUAACAACUCCUCAAGGUGCUGCUAUCAGGAUUACUAAGAAUUUACGGGUAUGUGGUGAUUGCCAUACUGCAUUCACAUACAUGUCCAGAAUCAUUGAUCAUGAGAUUAUAUUGAGGGACUCUAGUCGCUUCCAUCAUUUCAAUAAUGGGCUGUGUUCCUGCAAAGGUUUCUGGUGAUGAUGCUUUCCCUAUGCACUCCACCAAACAGUAGGAUCGUAAGAGGUCUGUUAAUCAUUCACUGAAACAGAAACGAUAGUUUUGAUUUGCACAUUCUGUUCUGAGGAUAUCAAGUUAGUAAUUACUGAAGCAUCCCAUUCAAAGAGCAGCACAUCAGUUUAUAUCUGCACCUGUCAACCACAUAUCAAUAGCAGCACCAUAAUGCUAAGCUUGGCAUAUAGGUGCAAAGCCAGAAAACCAUCACCAAACAGGCUACGAAAGCAACCUGAGUGAAACCAUACAUUCAGGGUUUUCACAUGGUUACUGCAGAUUUCAGGAACGAUCUCUUGUUAACAGACAAAGAAAAGGGUCAUAAGCACUGUCUUAUAGACCUCAUGUAGAUUGUAUAAUUUAAGCAAAUUUUGUAGAUGAAUAGCUUUCUUCUUUAUUUGUGGUGAAGAAUACAAAAUCACACUCCAUACCAUUGGUUUGUUCAUAAUAAAACAAGAUCUUUUGUUGCA